AUGAAGAGUAUUCCUGAUGUAUUUCAUGAUUACAUCGACAAGAUGCAAGAUGUAAUCGGUGAUGGAAACUAUGGGUUUCGAGCGGUAGCUGUUAGUCUAGGGCACAGUGAAGACCAAUGGCUAUACAUUCGACAACAAUUGCUUGAAGAGUUACAAAGUCAAUUUUAUGCAUACCAACAAGUUUUUACUGAUGGGUUCAACGAGGUAUACGAGUCUUUGUGUUGGUUCGAAUCACCUGCAUAUUUGCGACAUUGGAUGAUUAUGCCUUUGACUGGUUACUUGAUUGCCAACAAGUUUGGUGUGAUUGUUCAUUGUCUAAGCCAUGAACAAUCUACAACCUGCUUCCCUCUUUGGAGAGGUCCUGAAGAGUUUCAAUCUCACCGAAACAUUACAGUGGCACUUGUAGGCAGACAUUAUUUUUCGGUGUCUUUAAAAGGAAAUUACCCGAUGCCUCCCACCACGACAUAUUGGAAUGCUCAUAAAAGCUCGUCUGCAUCUUUCUGGCAAACUAUGUAUUGGUCGCGUUUCGAAUUAUACAAUCAACAUAGGUCUCGUAGUUCUAAAAUAUCUUGGAUACAUAUCAAGGAUUAA